AUGUCCUCCCCCGACCCAAUCCUCCCGGUCGCCAUCAUCGGCGCCGGUCCCGUUGGCCUUGUCUGCUCGGCGCUCCUCUCCCUUCGUGGAAUCAACCAUGUCGUUUUUGAAAAGUACCCGGGCACAUCAAUCCACCCCAAAGCCGUGGGCCUGAACCAGCGCACUAUCGAAAUUUUCCGGCACAUCGGCAUAGAAGCCGAGCUGAUCAAACACCGCGCUCCGGCUAAUUCCUUCAGCCACACGGCAUGGUACACCAACUUUGGUCCGCAGCGAACUGAGAUAUGCACGCGGACGGCGUGGGGUUUAGGAGGGCGCACGGAUGAGUACCUCAGGGCUAGUCCGUGCCAGUAUAGUAUCCUAGCGCAGAUUCGGCUCGAGCCUAUUUUGAGUCGAAGGGUGGGGGAGCUGAGUCCGGAUGCGGUGAGAUAUGGUAGGACUGUGGUGAAAGUGGUCGAGGAGGUGGAUCACGUGGUACUUCACAUUCAGAGCCGGGACAGUAAGAUCAAGGAGCAGGUUCGGGCAAAGUACGUGCUUGGAGCGGAUGGAGGCCGUGGAUUGAGUGAAAGCCUAGGGAUCGAGUGGGAAGGAAAGUCGGAUCUGGUGGACAUGGUAACGGCACACUUCAAGGCCGAACUGGCGCCGGUGCACCCUGACUUGAGGGCCUUGAUCGUAUUUCUGGUGAAUCCCAAGAUGAAGGGUAGUCGGGGUGGGGGGUUUCUAUACCAUCUUGGACCAUACUAUCCCAGCAGCGACACCAAAACAGACGAAUGGGUCUUUGCCACUCCACGACUUUCCGAGGACCCAUUGGAUUGGGAGAAGGAUGCCAUGAUUGCGAGGAUAAGGGCCAGUCUGGAGCUACCGGAUCUGGACGUCGAACUCCAGAGCGUCAGUAAGUGGACGGUCAACGCCAAAGUCGCUAAGCGAUAUAGAACCAAAGGCGAUCGUGUCUUUCUGGUUGGCGACGCUUGUCAUCGGAUACCCCCCUGGGGCGCGCUCGGCAUGAACACGGGCAUACAGGAUGCCAACAAUCUGAUCUGGAAGCUCGACCAAGUCCUGCGCCACGGCAACAUCAUGGACGCCGCGCUGGGCAUCACGCACCAGACGACUACAAAGCAGAACCUUGAGGCAGUCGCUGCGUUUCGCGAUCCCGAACAUCCCGAAUAUUGGACCAAAAGAGAGGCCGUGCAGAGGGCGUGCGACACACUCGACUACGAGUUCCACGCUCCGGGGCUCGAGAUCGGAUGGUUCUAUCCGAGCGCCGCCUCAGAUGGCGACGGCGACGCAACAUGCCACGACGGGCAGCUGAAUGAGGAUGGGACCUUCGACUUGCUAAAGUACCAUGCCUCGACCAUACCGGGCCACAAUCUGCCUCAUGCUUGGCUGAAGAGAGGCGAUAGUGUCGUUUCGACUGUUGAUUUAACUCAUCUGAGGAAGCUGACUUUGCUGGCAAGGGAUUCAACUGGCUGGGUCGAUCUUGAAAACGAGAAGAUACACGUUGAAGUUAUCGGAGCCAGCGAAGACGCUUGGGAAGAUCGUGAUGGCCGAUGGGCGGCACAAUGUGGAGUGGGACGCACGGGGGCUGUCAUGGUUCGUCCCGAUGGCAUUGUUGCUUGGAGGGCACAUGCGUGGGAUGCAAGUUUCGUUGCUGUCGUGCCCGACGUAGUGACAGAUCUCUUGAAGGGCCGAGUGAACAAGCGCCACAUCUCACCAACAAAGGGGUGA